AGUUCGGCGGCGGCGGGCGCUCGGCGGGACGCGGCGGGCGCGCAGCGGCAGCGGCGGCGUCGGGGCGGCCGCGCCUUCGGGAGCGCGUCCGGCAGCGCCUCCGGGAGCGCCUCCCGCCGCCUCCGCCGGCCGGGCCGCACCGGGGCUGCCAUGGGGCGGCCGCUGUGAGCGCGGCGGCGGCGGGGCUGCGCCUCUCGCCCCGGCCGGGGCUCCCCUCCAUUGUUCCCGGGAGCGGCGGCACCGCGCCGCCGCCGCCGCCCGCGGGGCUCCGCUUGUAGGGGCUGCCAGCCCUGCGGAGACCCCCCUGUGCCCGCCCGGGGCCCCCAUGGAGUGGCAGUUGCGGGGCCCAGUCGCCGAGCAGUAGCCGCAGCAGUGGGAUGUGGACCUGGCGGUGCCUCUUCCUUUGGGCUGUGCUGGUCGCAGCCGCGCUCUCCGCUGCCCGGCCGGCCCCCACCCUGCCCGAGCAAGCUGUGCCCAAAGCAAAAAUCGAAGUGGAGUCGUACUCGGCCCACCCCGGCGAGCUCCUCCAGCUGCGCUGCCGGCUGCGGGAUGACGUGCAGAGCAUCAACUGGGUGCGCAACGGCGCCCAGCUGGCCGAGAACAACCGCACGCGCAUCACCGGCGACGAGGUGGAGCUCAGGGACGUGGUGCCCCAGGACUCGGGGCUCUAUGCCUGCAUGACCAACAGCCCCUCGGGGAGCGAGACCACCUACUUCUCCGUCAACGUCUCAGACGCCCUCCCCUCUGCAGAGGAUGAUGAUGAUGAAGAUGAUUCCUCGUCGGAGGAGAAGGAGGCGGAUAACACCAAGCCGAACCAGGCCAUCGCUCCCUACUGGACCUAUCCCGAGAAGAUGGAGAAGAAGCUCCACGCUGUCCCCGCUGCCAAAACAGUGAAAUUCAAAUGUCCAUCGAGCGGGACACCCAACCCCACCCUGCGCUGGCUGAAGAACGGCAAAGAAUUCAAGCCUGACCACCGCAUCGGGGGGUACAAGGUCCGCCAGGCAACCUGGAGCAUCAUCAUGGACUCGGUGGUGCCAUCUGAUAAGGGCAACUACACCUGCAUCGUGGAGAACAAGUACGGCAGCAUCAACCACACCUACCAGCUGGAUGUCGUGGAGCGCUCCCCGCACCGGCCCAUCCUGCAGGCAGGGCUGCCUGCCAACAAGACAGUGGCCCUGGGCAGCAACGUGGAGUUUGUCUGCAAGGUCUACAGCGACCCUCAGCCCCACAUCCAGUGGCUGAAGCACAUUGAGGUCAACGGCAGCAAGAUCGGCCCCGACAACCUGCCCUACGUGCAGAUCCUGAAGACGGCUGGCGUUAACACGACAGACAAAGAAAUGGAAGUCCUUCACUUAAGGAAUGUCUCAUUUGAGGAUGCUGGGGAGUAUACAUGUUUGGCGGGUAAUUCUAUUGGGAUCUCCCAUCACUCUGCAUGGUUGACAGUUCUCGAAGCUAUUGAAGACACCCCAGCCAUGAUGACGUCUCCCUUCUACCUGGAGAUCAUCAUCUACUGCAUCGGAGCCUUCCUCAUCUCCUGCAUGGUGGUGACCAUCAUCAUCUACAAGCUGAAGAGCACCACCAAGAAGACAGACUUCAACAGCCAGCUGGCCGUGCACAAGCUGGCCAAGAGCAUCCCCCUGCGCAGACAGGUAACAGUGUCGGCCGACUCCAGCUCCUCCAUGAACUCGGGCGUGAUGCUGGUGCGGCCCUCGCGCCUCUCCUCCAGCGGCACCCCCAUGCUGGCCGGCGUCUCCGAGUACGAGCUGCCCGAGGACCCGCGCUGGGAGCUGCCCCGGGACAGGCUGAUCCUGGGCAAGCCUCUGGGAGAAGGGUGCUUCGGGCAGGUGGUGCUGGCGGAAGCCAUCGGCCUGGACAAGGACAAGCCCAACCGCGUGACCAAGGUGGCGGUGAAGAUGCUCAAGUCCGACGCCACGGAGAAGGACUUGUCUGACCUCAUCUCCGAGAUGGAGAUGAUGAAGAUGAUUGGCAAGCACAAGAACAUCAUCAACCUGCUGGGAGCCUGCACGCAGGAUGGACCCCUCUAUGUGAUUGUGGAAUAUGCCAGCAAGGGCAACCUCCGGGAGUACCUGCAGGCACGGCGGCCCCCGGGCAUGGAGUACUGCUACAACCCCACCCGAGUGCCCGAGGAGCAGCUCUCCUUCAAGGACCUGGUCUCCUGUGCCUACCAGGUGGCACGGGGCAUGGAGUACCUGGCCUCCAAGAAGUGCAUCCACAGGGACCUGGCAGCCAGGAAUGUGCUGGUGACAGAGGACAACGUGAUGAAGAUUGCUGACUUUGGGCUGGCCCGUGACAUCCACCACAUCGAUUACUACAAGAAGACAACAAAUGGUCGCCUGCCAGUGAAGUGGAUGGCCCCCGAGGCUCUCUUUGACAGAAUCUACACCCACCAGAGUGACGUGUGGUCCUUCGGGGUGCUGCUCUGGGAGAUUUUCACGCUGGGUGGGUCACCCUACCCCGGUGUGCCUGUUGAGGAGCUCUUCAAGCUGCUGAAGGAAGGUCACAGGAUGGACAAGCCCAGCAACUGCACCAACGAGCUGUACAUGAUGAUGCGGGAUUGCUGGCACGCCGUCCCCUCCCAGAGACCCACCUUCAAGCAGCUGGUGGAAGACCUGGACAGGAUCGUGGCCAUGACCUCCAACCAGGAGUACCUGGACCUGUCCAUGCCUCUGGAUCAGUAUUCCCCCGGCUUCCCGGACACGCGCAGCUCCACCUGCUCCUCAGGAGAGGACUCUGUGUUCUCCCACGACCCGCUCCCGGACGAGCCGUGCCUUCCCAAGCUGCCCCCUCAGCACAGCAAUGGUGGACUGAAGCGACACUGAGGGUGGCACUGCCAUGCUGUGCCGUGCCACGCCGUGCCCGUGGACGCUGCCUGCGCAGCCUGGUUGUGCUGAGCUGUUUGCAGAAAGGGUUCAGAGACAUCCGUAGCAUCUCACCCAACCAAAACCACCCACCUCCUGCCAGCUUCUCCUGCCGCUCGUGUCAGCUCUCCACAGCCCAAAGGGUUUCCAUGGCCUUUCCUCCUUUCGUUUUUAAGCCUCUUUUCCCUCAGUUCUGUGAGUCUUCCCACCUGGCUGAGCUGAAAUCCUCUCCCGUGGGCAAUGCAUGGCCAAAGAGCCAGCCGGGCAUCCUGGGGUGGCACAUGCUGGUCGGGCACAGGGAGCCAGGCUGGUCUGCCACCCGGAGAGCCUGGUGAGCCAGGAACAGCACCUGGCUCAUUUUGGCUGCACGAGGAGGGAGCCUUGGCACUCUGGGAGCUUUGGCGUGCCAGGAACCUCUCUGGUGUGCCGGGAGCCUCACUGGUGUGCCAGGAGUCUCACUGGUGUGCCCAGAGCCUCACUGGUGUGCCACAAGCCUCACUGGUGUGCUGGGAACCUCACUGGUGUGCCACAAGCCUCACUGGUGUGCCAGGAUUCUCACUGGUGUGCCAGGAGCCUCGUGGUGUGCUGGGAACCUUGUGGUGUGCCCAGAGCCUCACUGGUGUGCCCGGAGCCUCACUGGUGUGCCAGGAGCCUCAGCGUGCCAAGAGCCUCGUGGUGUGGGGCUCCCUCUGUGCCCAGGAUGCCCCCAGGCCACAGGAGCAGCACUCUGGGCUUUGCUGAGCCAGGCCCAGCACAGCCAGGGCAGGAGCCCUGCACUGCUCAGAGGUGACUGAACCCACCUGUGCUAAACCCAGAGUCCCGUGUACAUAACGAAAAAUAUGUAUAAAUAUGAAUAUAUAUUUACAUGUCUUUUUAAAAAGGGUUGUUACCAGAGAUAUACCAGUUUGGUAGGAAGGUACUAGUGGCUGGUAGAUAUCAGUUGCUAUAUAAAAAAAAAAAAAAGUCAUAUAUUUUGCUAUUUUUGCUGUUUUUAUUUUUUUAAAUUAUGUUCUAAACCUAUUUCAGUUUAGGUCCCUCGAUAAGAAUUGCUGCUGCUGCUUCAGUUUUAUAUGGGGUUGUAUUAAACAAUAAUAAUAACGUGUCGAUGCCUUUUGGGAACCCGUUGUCAUUACGUGCCUGGCCUUGCCCUGGCCCCGUGUCCCCCCACAGGGCUCCAGCGGGGCUGGGGCCACCCAGUGCCCGUGGCACCGCUUUGGGGGUGCCCUGGGCAGGGAGGGAAGGGGCUGCCACCCCUGCCCGGCCGUGGGAGUGGUGCCAGGGGGCUCCAGCCCCGCUCGGUGCCAGCCCCGCUCCCCGGGCAGCGCCUGCCAGUGCCUUACCAGGGGGGCAACCUCACCCCAGCUCUGCCCGCCCGUGCUCCCCAGGCUGUGCCGUGCCCCAGCUCUGGACAGACAGACGGACAGGGCGCUCGCUGGCUGGGGCAGGAGCCACCUGAACCCCCCCCCCUCCCCUCCAAUCCCUGCCGCCGGUGUGGAGACGCUGGGAGCCAGGCCGCUGUUACUUGAAGAAGUUUAUUUUGCCUUUGUAUGGAGAAAUAUUAUUUGUUGUAAACUCUUCUGUAAUGAAUCUGGAAUUCUUGUAAUUAUUAAAGACUUCAACCGCC